AUGGAUGCAUCAUCAUUUUCAUCUCAACUGACUGGAAAAUGUAAGGUACUUGUUACAAGAGUAAGUCCAUUGAAUCUGGAAUUCUAUCGAAGUGACUUACGCUUGUUAAUUCAUUAUGAAUAUUCAAAUAUAGACCUCGAAAAUUAUUAUCGUGAGUGCUUGUUGGCUGGUCUUGAUGGAAAUCCCUCAAAGUGUAUUAUUUUCAAGAAAUUCGAAUGUCUACGUCUGGAACAAAUAACUCCCAAAGACACUUUGAGAACUUAUUUAAAUAUUAAAGAUUGUCGCCGAAAAUUAACUCUAAGACAUUUUGGUUCAAUUGAGAGAUUUCCUACUUUGGAAUCAUGUUGUGAUAAUUGCCAAACCAUUCUAAAUGAUAAGAUUCCGCCCUUCAAAAUUUACAAAGAUAUUGAUGAGAAAGGAUUUCUUAACAUAUCGGUGGAUGCUCGAAUUCUUAUGAAACUUAUAAAUGCAUAUAAAGGCAAAGGAUUCAAAUAUCCAAUCGAUUUCUUAGUUGGAGAUGUUCCAAAAAAAAAAAAGACAUUCUAA